AAGCGUGACAAAAAACGCCUCAAACCUACAACUCCGCCAACACCAUCAGGGACGCACGGCAACUCCGAGCUCCUGUGUUCUAGCGCCCUACCCCCACCCCACACUCGUCCAGCAGCCAUGUCGACGACCCCUCGCGGCCGGUCGUCCCACCGCCGCACCCGGUGCAAGUGCGCCGGGGGCAACGGGGACCGCGCCAAGACGUGCUGCUUCAACCCGCUAAGGUCCUUCUUCCCGUGCCCCGGCCGCGGCCGCGGGCGCAGCCGCAGCAGGCAUCGGCGCCAGCGGACGCCGUCCAGGGUCCGUGACGUCGCGCCGGCGACCGGCGGCGCCCAGCUGCAGCAAAGCCAGGAGGAGGAGCCGUCCUUCUUAGUCUACGCCAUGCAGAACCAGGGCGGUGGUAUUGGCGGCGUUGAGCACAAGAAAAAGCACAGGAAGCCGCACAUAUCGCCCUUCGGCUCGUGCUUCCGCAGGAAGAAGAAGGAGCGGAAGGGCAAAGCAGCUGCGGUGACUGUGAACGCCCGGCGCCCGGCGCUCACGCCGGCGUCGUCGUUGCUGACGCACCCGCCACGCUCCGCGUCGCCGGAGAAGGCGCAAGACGUGGCCCCGUCCGUGACGCAGCCACCUUCUCCUGCGCCUACUGAGAACGGCAGCAUUAACUUGCCGGCGCCGCCAGGCCGGCAACCGGCCACACCGAGGGCGGGCAAGCAGUCGCCGUUCGUGCCGCAGAUGCAGAAUCCGAAGCAGGUGGAGGGGCUGGAGAUCGUCGAGAUGGCGACGGGCGAACGGCUGUCAACGCACGAUUUCGAGCUCAUCGAGAUGGUUGGCAGCUCAGCCGACAACUCUGCGGAGUCGUCACUGGAGUACGUCAAUGAGCCGCCGCCGCAGGCAGCAGCGAAAUGGACGGUGGCGGCCGCGGAAGUGGUGAAAGCCAGGGAGCUGCCAAGUCUGUGGCCUAAUGGCAAAUCCGUCGAGUCCCGGGCACGAGAGCGGUUUGCCGAGCCCCUUGUGGCAGCGGAGGCAGAGGAGCUUUGGGUGCACGACAUCGCGUGCAGCCGCGUACACGCGGUCAUGCUCGCCGAGAUGGGUUUGAUAACGACAGGUGAUAGGGAUAUCAUCAUAGAGGGGCUCGAUCAGAUUGAGAGGCUGAUCCAAGAAGGUAAGUUUGAGUGGAGAAAGGACCAGGAGGAUGUUCAUAUGAACAUUGAAGCUGCUCUGAUUGAGCGGGUUGGUGAGCCGGCCAAGAAGCUGCAUACAGCUAGGAGCCGCAAUGACCAAAUUGUGACCGAUCUCAGGUUGUGGUGUUGUGAUGCUAUUGACAAGAUUUUGAUUCGCAUCAAACAGUUUCAGGUGUCUCUAGUUAUGUUGGCUUCAAAAUAUGUUGACUUAAUAGUCCCUGGAUAUACUCAUCUGCAGAGGGCACAACCUGUUUUGCUGCCACAUCUUCUCUUAUCAUAUGUUGAACAGUUGGAGCGUGAUGCUGGUCGGCUGGUCAACUGCAGGGAGCGAGUGAAUUUCUGCCCUCUUGGUGCUUGUGCUUUGGCUGGAACUGGACUUCCCAUUGAUAGGUUUAAAACCGCUAAAGAUUUGAAGUUUACGGCUCCGAUGAAGAACAGCAUUGAUGCAGUAUCAGACCGUGACUUUGUAUUGGAGUUUCUUGCUGCCAAUUCAAUUGCUGCUGUUCAUCUUUCGCGAAUCGGUGAAGAAUGGGUUUUGUGGGCGUCAGAGGAGUUCGGGUUCCUGACACCAAGUGACUCAGUUUCAACAGGAAGCAGCAUAAUGCCACAGAAGAAAAAUCCGGAUCCAAUGGAGCUUGUUCGUGGGAAAUCUGCUAGGGUGGUUGGAGAUCUCAUGACUAUCCUAAUCCUCUGUAAAGGCCUUCCACAGGCCUACAACCGUGAUCUUCAGGAAGACAAGGAACCAUUGUUUGAUAGUGUCAAGGCCAUAUUAGGAAUGCUUGAAGUAUGCACGGAGUUUGCCCAAAAUAUCUCUUUUAAUUCGAAAAGAAUACAAAGUUUCCUGCCUGCCGGUUACCUGGAUGCAACGACGCUAGCAGAUUAUCUUGUGAAGAAGGGUGUUCCAUUCAGAACUUGUCACGAGAUAGUUGGAAGGUCUGUAGCUCUAUGCGUCUCGAAGAACUGUCUACUGGCUGAACUUGAACUAGAUGACCUAAAAGCUGUUCACCCUGUGUUUGAGACUGACGUAUACGAGUAUUUGGGAGUUGAAAACGCCGUAAACAAGUUCGUAUCUUACGGCUCCACUGGUCCAGAACAAGUAAAAAAGCAGCUUGAGGAUUGGCGCAUCCAGCUCGGGAUCUAAGGAUUGUCAUGGACGAAUAA